UCUCCUCGCGACAGCUGUCUCGCACCUUUGAGGCUCACCCGACACUCACAAUACAGCUUCAGCGACACUCACCUCGGCUCGAACAGCUCCCUGCUGCCUUGUUGAUCCGACGAUCCAGCCGAACGAGAUGGCAAUAUAGCCCGCGCUUUGCAUCACAUACUCAUUGAGUCCAACAUCGCCAAAAUGACCUCUCGAGGUCUCCAAUCUGCAUACUCGUCACGCGAUGUCUCGCCGAACCGCCGCGCAGAACCGUACGAUCCAUUCCACGACCAAAUCGAGAUGUCACAUCUACCCGAGCCUUCCUUAAAUGCACACAAUUCGCACAGCUCGCGCGAACAGUCUUUGGAAGAUGAGCAACGUGGGAGGUCUCAUGGCAGGUCGCAUUCGGGAGCAUACCUUCUCCCCACACAGAACAGCUCCCAGUAUGCGCCCUUGAACAGCCGACAGGAAAGUCCCCGGCCCUCAAUGCGCUCGGGGCGGGAGUCAAUGAUAUCAGUGGCCUCGUUGUACCAGGCAAAGACAAUGGACGCGGAUACACAGGCUCUCGUGGAGAAGCGCGUUGGAGAACUGGCACAAUGGCACGUUCACUGGACCACGCCUGCAAUAAUAUCAUCUUUGUUUGUGGCAGGAGUUAUGGGGGCCCUAGGACAUCACUUCUUCUACGCACAUCUGAAUGGCAAGCCAGCGACAGAGCAAUUGAUGAUGGUGCGGUAUGGCACAGCCCUAGCGUUCUUCACCAAGAGCAUGCUUGUAAGCUGUGUUGUCGUAUGUUAUAGGCAACGCGUAUGGCACACGCUUCGACGUAAAGCCAUGACCAUCAACGGUAUUGAUGGCCUCUUCUCUGCGACAGAAGACCCUACGAUGUUUUUCCUGAACUGGGAGAUGGUCAGGAAUGGCAAGCUAGCAACAUUGAUGGCGAUUUGCAGCUGGCUUAUACCAAUCGCUUCUGUCUUGUCUCCAGCUUCACUUACCUCCCAACCCAGACCUACGAACAUGACAAUGAUCUGCCCAACUGUUGCUACACUCAAUUUGACGCGCGAGGCCGUAUUUAAUUUUCGAGAAGAACAACACGGUAAUUCGCGCGGUAACUCGCUCGUUUACUACAAUACAACAGAUCCCAGUGGGAUGCAAGAUGGAUAUUUUGAUUAUUAUGAUGGACCAUCGAAAAUUGCUCGGCGGCUGGCGUUCAGCAGCGCGUACUUGAAGAAGGCCCAGCCACGCGAAAAGGCAGCCGCCGAGUUCUGUGGUACAGGCUGGAAUUGCACGUACUCGAUCAACUUCAUGGCUCCGGGCUACAAAUGUGACGACGUUAGUACUGCUAUACCUUGGGAUGCUCCGUUUACACUUGACCAAAUAGCACCUCAAGGCGACUUCAUCUACCACGCCGAGGUUGAUCAAGGCGAAUACAAGAGACCCCAGGCCCCAACUACUGAAGGCGUACCCGAUCCCGGAUAUCCAGAAUCCCUUGGUGUCUUCGAAGAUGAGCCAGUGCUAUGGAUAGGCUACACUGAAAACACAAGUACGAAGUAUCCGGCAGAUUCACCAUACGCGCAGAAGUGGGUCUGGGUGCAUGAGCCUAAGAUUUUCAAAUGCGUGAUGUACCACACUAACUAUACAUUUGAGAUGCGCUAUCGUCCUACACAGAACGCAACUCUUAAAGAGCGCCAUUUUCUAUAUCCUGUUAUCAAUACCACGCUUCGACAAAAUUCAAGCAACGAUACUACCUUCACUGCGUCCCCGACUUCCGCUUUCAUCAGCCCCAGAGAUGAUCCGACUGCGUACAAACUUACUGCAACCUACCACUCCAUGGGCGCGAUGUUCCGGACCUUCAUCCGUGGCGACAUCGAAAAGACCUCGGACACAUUCAUCAUCACGCGCUCCGACAUCUCCGAGACCCGGCUCAUGGACGGGCGGACAUCAUACCCGCAGCGGAACCUCAUGGCAGCCGUGCAGAGCCUAUUCGAAGACAUGCUGCUCACGCUGCUCUCCGAGCCAACGCUCGUCGCAGCCGAGACGCAGGCAGUCGAGUGCGUCAAGAGCCGGCUGAUGAUCGUGUACAUCUACCUCCCGCGCAGUCUGUGGAUCGGCUACGCGAUGGCCGUCGCGGUCACGCUCGCGUCCAUUCUUAUUGGUUCGUGGGCCAUAUACCAGAACGGCGUGGCGAGCGACACGCUGUUCUCGCGCAUCCUGGUCACGACGAGGAACCCCACGCUCGACCAUCUCAGUGUCGGUGCGUGUCUGGGCGGCGACCCGUUCCCGAAGGAGCUGCGAGAGACGAAGUUGAGGUUCGGCGUGUUGCUAGAGGAUGAGCCGCGGGAGGGGCCGCUGGGGAGAGUCGAGCACUGUUGCUUUGGGACGAGAGGCGAGACCUCGAAUAUCGUCAAAGGCAAUAACUACGCGGGGCUGAAGAGAUAUCGUGGUGAGCAGGGGAGUCGAGAAGAGAAGAGGGGGCUGCUUGAAGAUGAUAGAAACUCUUUAUGAAGUUAUGUUAAUGAAAUUUAUGUAGAUGUUAUGAGUACAGAUACGCAUCAAUGCGUAAGCGGCGUCUACGCCUGGUAUCCA